AGAACGCAGAUGGUAUUGAAGCAGUGCAGUUUGAUUUCUGAGAUGGAAAGAGGCUGUAUACAAACUUUAAAUGCCACAUAACAUAAUGUGAUAUAAUUUGCUUUAAUAAAUCAUUUUCUUUAUAUUCAAAAGGGGGGGGGGGCGAGAGUCUCACUGAGCCGCUCCGUUACUUAAUGCACCCAGUUUAAACAUGGUUUCCAGCCUCAACCCUAACCCCCGUGUCUCUCUCUUUCUAGAUUACGUUUACUUUGAGAAUUCGUCCAGCAACCCCUACCUGAUCCGGCGCAUAGAGGAGCUUAACAAGACUGCCAAUGGAAACGUGGAAGCGAAAGUGGUUUCCCUGUUCAGGAGACGAGACAUUUCCAGUAACCUGAACAGCCUCGCGGACAGCAAUGCGCGGGAGUUUGAGGAGGAGUCGAAGCAGCCGGUGGUGUCAGAGCAGCAGGGUCACCAGCUGAAGCACAGAGAGCUCUUCCUGUCCCGUCAGUUUGAGUCCCUCCCUGCCACACACAUACGGGGGAAAUGUAACGUCACUCUUCUGAAUGAAACGGACGUCCUUGCCGGGUAUCUGGAGAGAGAGGACUGUUUUUUCUAUUCACUGGUGUUUGACCCGGUGCAGAAGACCCUGCUUGCGGAUCAGGGAGAGAUUCGAGUGGGAUCCAAGUACCAGGCAGAGAUCCCAGACAAGCUGCCUGAAGUGGAGUCGGACACUCGGAACCAGCUGAAACUGGAGACGAAGGUGUGGGAUCCUGACAACCCGCUGACAGACCGGCAGAUAGACCAGUUCCUAGUGGUGGCUCGGGCGGUCGGGACAUUCGCCCGCGCGCUGGACUGCAGCAGCUCAAUCCGCCAGCCCAGCCUGCACAUGAGCGCCGCUGCGGCCUCCCGCGACAUCACACUGUUCCACGCGAUGGACACGCUGCAGAAGAACGGCUAUGACCUGGCGAAGGCGAUGUCCACGCUGGUGCCGCAGGGCGGGCCGGUGCUGUGCCGGGACGAGAUGGAGGAGUGGUCCGCCUCCGAGGCCAUGCUCUUCGAAGAGGCGCUGGAGAAGUACGGCAAGGACUUCAACGACAUCCGGCAGGACUUUCUCCCGUGGAAAUCUCUGGCCAGCAUCGUCCAGUUUUACUACAUGUGGAAAACUACUGACCGCUACAUCCAGCAGAAAAGGCUAAAGGCGGCUGAAGCAGACAGCAAGUUGAAACAGGUUUACAUCCCAACAUACACCAAACCAAACCCCAACCAGAUUAUGCCGGCGGGCUCGAAGCCUGGUGUGAACGGAGCUGCUGGCUUCCAGAAGGGGCUGAGCUGCGAGAGCUGCCACACCUCCCAGUCUGCGCAGUGGUACGCCUGGGGCCCUCCCAACAUGCAGUGCCGGCUCUGCGCCUCCUGCUGGAUCUACUGGAAGAAAUACGGAGGACUGAAGACCCCCACGCAGCUAGAGGGCGCUGCUCGCACCGCCACGGAGGUGCCACCACGGGGUCACAUGACGCGGCAGGAGGUCCAGGGGCUCUCUCCCUUCACCAGCAGUGCUGGCCGUGCCAAACUCCUCGCCAAGAACCGGCAGACCUUCAUCCUGCAAACCACCAAGCUGACCCGCAUCGCCCGUCGUGUGUGCAGAGACCUCCUGCAACCGCGCCGAGCAGCCCGGCGACCCUACGCUCCCAUCAACUCCAACACCAUCAAGGCAGAGUGUGUGAUUCGACUCCCGAAAGCACCAAAAUUGCCGCUUAAAGUCCGUGCCUCUGUCAGGCCGACCCUGGCUACGAUCGUCAAGGAGCUGGCUAUCCAGGCGCCCCUGAAACUGAAAGCUCCGCGUGGGACCCCCACUCCGAUCAACCGCAACCAGCUGAACCAGAGCCGUGCCUCCACCAACAUCCUGGGGGGCAAGAGGCCCUUUGAGAAUGUAGGAGGCGGGCUCCAGUAUUCAGCCAAUGGCAGGCCGUUCACAUCGGGAAUGAGGACCACUUCGCAGUCUGUAAUUAAGAGGCAAAAGGUGAAUCCUGGUGACGCGCCCAACCCUGUGGUCUUCGUCGCCACUAAAGACACCAGAGCUCUUCGGAAAGCACUGACCCAGGCGGAGAUGCGGCGAGCAGCACGGAAGCCACACCUGCCUGUGCGAGUGAAGGUGCCGCUGCCAGCGAGGCCCCUGCUGGUGCCAGCUGUACCAGCCAGCACCACGGAGCCCAUUGUCCUUGAGGACUGAGACACGGAAAUCACUUACCUGGACAUGCCAACCAAGGCAAGCUUUCCAAGCCAUGGCUCUCCUUUGCCUCUUGUUUUAUAAAUAUAUCUUUUUUUCCCACUUUUUUGGCACCCCCUCCCUUCCACACCUUUUUUCCCCCCUCUUAGAACUUUGUAGUUAUUUUAUUACUUCUGAUGUUUUUUUUUUUCCUUAAGGUGAAACACCCUUUAGCAUUUUCGUUAUAAAGAAAAAAAAACAAAGAUCAUAUUUUGAAAAGCACACUUUUGUAAAUAUAAAACAAGUCUGGGUUGAUUUAUCAAGGAUUUAAUUAGUAUUUGGUUUAUAUGAGAACCUCUAGCUGCUGUGCCUCAGCAGUUCAGUUGGAGCAGGUGAAAUGUACAUGUUUUGAAUAGCUGGGUUUCUGCUACCCUGUUAAACUGUACUCACGUUUGUGUUUGUUGGAGCUCACUAUUUAAUGUGGCUUUUCCACCUGCAGCAAGGUGCAGUCCGGUUUUCAAUUAAAAACCUGUGCUCGGCUGUGUUUUAUUAUGUGGCACACUGAGCUGAGUUGUAACUAAGGUUUUAUACAAGUCCUGUCUCUCAAUAGCAGUCCCCUCUUUUACUUAUUACUCUCUAAUUCAGGAUGUGCAGUUCAGUGCUGUAGAUGGAAACUGAUUUUUUCAGUAAGAUCUUUGAGCUCCUGCCCCCGGCCGUGAUGCUUGGAGCCAGGCUGUUUCCUCGCUCGCCCUGCCCGUGGGAUGGCUUGACUGGUUCUUCUCAGCACUGAGAUGGGAGUGGAGCCACUCUGUGCAGAGGGGAUAGGAGGACAGCUCUGGCAGUGGUACAGUGCCAUGCAGGAGUUUCUGAGUGUGUGUGCGCUUCAGUAAUCUCACCUGCCAAAUACCUUUUGUAUGUAACUGAAUUUGAAAUGCUCUUUAAAAUCUGGACAUUGUGUGUUUUAUUUUAGCCGCUUAUAAACUAUCAUAGCGGCCAGCCUUGUAAAUCCAUCACGAUGCACACUGCGUUAUUGCAGAUUUCUUGUCCUUAAAUUGACAAUCAACCAGUAGCGCCCUUUUUCUUUUACUGCAGUUUGGAGCCCUAGACUCGCAUACAGGUCUGCACUAUUGAAAGAGUUCAACAGGAUGGGCAGAGAGCUAGUUAGUGGCCUGGAGUUUUGUUAGACUGGGUUUCAAAGCCAUUCCUGCAUCAGCACCUCCUGCAAAGGUCAAUAUGGGAUUAAACAGAGUAACAGCUUCAUGCCUACUUACCCCAAUCCGAACACAGUAGCACACGUCUGCAUGGUUUUAUGGGCCAUGUAAUGAUCAUGUGCACGCACUAGUUGUAGGAUUGAACAGGAUUAGCAUAGUAAAUAGGGAAUCCCACAGGUCACACCAAUGGCCAUAUAGAGGCAGUCAUGUAUUGUGCUGUGGCAUUGCUCCUGUUCUAGAAGUGCCACAAGUGUACUGCAAUAGCAGCUCCUUCUUUUACAGGCCUGACCAUAUGGAGUUCUCUUCCCAUGUUUCCAAUUCCCCAGCGAGCGUACAUGCCACCCACACAGCUGUCUCGAGCAACGCUUGGACUUGAAGUCUUAUAAGAAUUGCUCCAGUUACUUUUUAGUUUUGUUCUGGGUUCUAGAGAAGCGCUUAACCAUUUGUUGGGAGAACUUGCUAAGGUCAUUUCUUUAGAGCUUUGAAAUCUGGGGGUGUUUAGAAGCAUCUCCUCUGUCAGGUGUGCCUGUCUGCAAGGUCAGACUUGCAUUUGUACAAGGUGGCUGUACGUCGGGUCGUCAUACUCAUGGCUGCUCUUGAACUUGCAGUCUUGGCACGGGGGAAUGUAUCCAGUACCCUACAUUCACAUGAUCAGUACAUGUGCAGCUGUGCCAUGACCUACUCUCUUCUCUAGACACGCACAGCAGUAGUUAUCUGUGGCCUGAUUCUUCAAGUUUAUUGGCAAGGACAUUCCUUUUAUAAAGUUAAAUUGAGAAUAUAGGGGUGUACAGCGAUGAACAUCUUUCAUUAUUUCUAAACUGUUCUGUUUCAACCUUGGUAAAGAUCACUGUAAAAUAAAUAGAAAUGCUUCAACCCAGUCCUCUCUUAACAAUAGAUUUUAAAGUGUUUUUAUAAAGCAGAAGCGGAUUCUUUCCUCAGAGGGUUUAAUAUUCUGUAAAUGUUAGGUUGUGCUUUGUUUGUGGGCGGGGGGGAAAGGAAUGGGAGGGCAGUGGCAUUUUGUACGUUGAAGAGAACAUGAAAACAAAAAUCUUGGCUUUCUCAAGUGUGUGUGUUUUUUGUUUUUUUUUAAUCUGAUAUCUGUAACCUAUUAGUGUACCUUGGAAAAAACAAUAAAGACGUUUUUCUGCAA